AUGCCCAACGUUCUGAUCAUCGGAGCUACGAGGGGCCUUGGAGCAUCUCUUGCGAAUGCAUACGCUUCACAACCAAACACGACUGUUUAUGGAACAACACGAGCCGCAACCGCCCCUAAAGGACCUGAUGAGAAGAUUGCAUGGGUUCCGAACAUUGAUGUUAGUGACAGUGGCGUUGGAAAGAGACUGGUCAACCAACUGGGAUCGCUAGGUGUUGCUGGAGGAAUGGUGGGGGGCGACAGUGAGGUUAGGGGUUUUGACGUUGUGUUUAUCACUGCUGGAUACUUUGCAACUGAAGACUUCGUUGAAGGUCCGAAGUGGGAGGAGGAAGUCAAGAUGUACACAACUUCCGCCAUCUCCCCACCAUUCAUCGUCCACUCCCUGACUCGCGCGAAGUACUUGACCAAGGGUUCCAAGGUCCUCCUGAUAUCUUCCGAAUCCGGUUCCAUAACCUUGCGACACGAGAAGGAGGGAGGUGGAAACUAUGGACACCAUGCUAGCAAAGCUGCGUUGAAUAUGGUCGGAAAGCUUCUCAGUCUGGACCUCAAGGAUGAAGGUGUCAUCAUCAGCAUAUUGCACCCUGGAUUUAUGCGGACCGAGAUGACUGCUGGUGUAGGGUUUGACAAGUACUGGGACGACGGAGGAGCUGUAACUCCGGAUGAAGCUGCUAAGACUUUGAUUGAAUGGGCGGAAAAGCUUGAUAUGAGCAAAUCCGGGGAGUAUUGGGCACCAAGAGGACCACGUGACAUUGGUACAGCUGAAGUCACGAUUGGCAAAGGCUUGCCUACGCCUCUACAACUGCCCUGGUAG